GGGCUCUUGCUGUCUGCAGUCGGCCACGAGCACAUCAGCUGGGCUAACAGGCCGAGCAGUUAUUCUCCAGACUCUCACAUCUUGGCCUGUAUCACUCCAGGCUCCAACACCUCAUUGUGGCCACAGCGCAGAAUGACAGAGCACGAGGACUUUGCCAGCUUGGCUGGAUACUGGAAUUCUUCCAACAGUUACCAGUUCAACCCUGCCAGUGUCAUCGUCCCUGUGGUCUUCUCCCUCAUAUUCCUCUUGGGCACGGUGGGCAAUAGCCUGGUGCUGGCGGUGCUGCUGCGCAAUGGGCAAAUGGGCCACAACACAACCAACCUCUUCAUCCUCAACCUCAGCCUGGCUGACUUCUUCUUCAUUGUCUUCUGCGUGCCCUUCCAGGCCACCAUCUACUCCCUUGAGGGCUGGGUCUUUGGCUCCUUCAUMUGCAAGGCCGUCCACUUCUUCAUCUACCUCACCAUGUAUGCCAGCAGCUUCACAUUGGCUGCCGUCUCCGUAGACAGGUACCUGGCCAUCCGCUAUCCGUUGCGCUCCCGGGAGCUGCGGACCCCCUACAACGCAGUGGCAGCCAUGGUUGUGAUCUGGGGCCUCUCGGUGGUCUUUGCUGGGCCCUACCUAAGCUAUUACGAUCUGAUUGAGUGGGAGUCCAGCUACAUCUGCGUGCCUGGCUGGGAGGAAUGGAGACGCAAGGUCAUGGACACUAGCACGUUCGUCUUUGGCUAUGUCAUCCCGGUAAUGGUCAUCAGCCUCUCCUACACCAGGACCAUCAAGUACCUGUGGACAUCAGUGAACCCUCUGGAGGACAUGUCAGAGUCCAAGAAGGCCAAGAGGAAGGUAACCAAGAUGAUCAUCAUUGUAACCAUCCUUUUCUGCCUGUGCUGGCUGCCCUACCACGUGGUCAUCCUUCGCUAUCUCUAUGGAGACUUCCCUUUCAACCAGGCCACCUAUGCCUUCCGACUGCUUUCCCACUGCAUGGCCUAUGCCAACUCCUGUUUAAACCCCAUUGUUUAUGCUCUGGUCUCCAAGCACUUCCGCAAGGGCUUCAAAAAAGUCUUCAGCUGCCUCCUGAGGAAGAAACCCCGCAACAAGGUCCAUGUGGUGCACGCUGCUCGCAUUGUGCCUUGCUUCGAGGCAGGCUCCACUGAAGUGUCCCAGAUGCAUGAGGAGAACAACGAAUGCGAGCUGAACCCAGCCUCCCUGGCAGCGUCCUCCAGCUCCUCCAAGCCCCUCCACGUUUCUUAGUAGUCCUGCUCCACACUACCUGUGUCACCAGCC